GGCGAGAGAAAAAGAGACAAAAUAAAUUUGUUCAAUUCUGAGAUUGAACUUAUCUUGACAAAUUCGCCUUUUAAAAGUUUCAUCGCUGUGUAUAAAAAGUAGGAUCAGUUGCUUUAACAAAUUAAUUAAUUGUUGUCCAUACCCGAGGGCACCUUUAUUUAAGUCAAACAGCAACUCUAAUAGUUUUUCAGAUCGAGCUGAAACAUGCAUUCAAACAGUUUGCACAAAGGUUGGACUAGAAUCCAUUCAGUGAAGACUCGUAUUUAAGGCUACCCUUUGACGUGAAUAAUUUCAUUUCGGUGCAUUUACAACAAUGCAUUAAAGUUGCAAGGAUUUAUUUUUGCAGCUGCAGCUUUUUUUAGCUUACGCAUCUACGUGUACAUAUGUAUUCAAGCUCUACGCUUCUUCUCAUGUUCUUACACCAUAAGUGACUGAUGCCAACUGGUGGACUUUGAAGAUUUACGAUUUGUGGGUUUUGUUGACUGCAUGGAUGGUUUCCUACAUAAUUCGCUAGACACUCCUGCUCCUUAGAUUUCAAAUGCGAAAAGUUAUUGUUACCAACCACCGAUCUUGGUGCAUGUGCUAUGUGACUCUGCGUGUGCUGGUGGCGUCGACGUCUCAAAAGUGUCAAAAGAGGCCAAAGAGAAGAUAUUAGGCAGGCCUGAUGCACAAAUAAAAUCCUGCCUCCAUUGUUUUGAUACGGUGGGUGGAUUCUUCACCUAUUUGAAAAUAAGUGCAUAUGUUACACUUGUUGGCAGCAACGCAUAUCAUCUUCAGUCGUCUCAGUCGUCAGACUCAUCCAUUCUCGUUGCUGCUUGAGACACAGAUUAUUAUGUAGUCUCAGUCAAUUCCCUCGAUUUCGCCAAACUUUAUCCUUCCACUGACUGCGUUAAACAGAAAGUUGGUGGAACAAGCAGUAAGCAAGAAGAAGCUAAGAAGAAGAAGAGGAUACAUUUUCCCUUGUUGUUAGUUAGUUGAAGAGCUACCAAAAAUGUGAGUUGUACGUACCGACAGAGUGAGAGUUAUUCAUCACUAUUCACUGAGUUGGACACUACUUCUGAAAAGUUGUUGUACAUUGUGCUUCAAAGUUUCAAAGACAAUAGAAACUUAUUUGAAAUCAAGGAUUUUCCUUAAUCCGUCCUCGUGAUACCGCGUGGGCGAGUAAUCCGACUGAUUUGUUUCGAUCAAUGACAGAAUGAGAGUAGUGUGCGGUGAAACGUGGUUAUUGUGUGGACUUGACUAAGAAAAUAAAACAAAUCUUGGGUUGAGACUGCGAAAAGUGUCUCGGAAUCAAAGUACAGAAAUAUAUCAUUCUUAUUAUUAAUCCUAUUUUGUGUGCGUCCCAAAUACGAAGCAGAUUAAUUUAGUAAUGUGAAACAUCAAUACAAGAAUAAGAUCUAAUUCCAAACAAGAGCAAAUUGAACUUUGUGUACACAUAUGAAAAUAUUAUGUGACGACUAGUGACGAGACUGAGUGAUACAUGUACAAGUGAUCGUCACAUCUACUGUGACAUUUAAACUGGUUUUCGUGAUGUUGGAAAUGAUUAUAAACUGUUUUAAGGGGUUCCUCUUCUGCACAAAGACAAUGGUUUUGCCUGCUUAACAAUGUCAUCGUGGAAUUGAUAUCUCCAUUAUCAAAAUAGCAGCAGUGUCUAGAAAUUAAAGCUUAAGACGUUAUUUUUUUCAACAUGCCAUCAGUCACUAAUACUAACCCGAUGGAACAAGCAGUCGCACGCGGAUGUGUUGAAUGCAUUCGGAUGCUCUUGGAAACGCCACCAUUUUACAGUGUGGACGCUUGUUGUGGAGCGGAUGGGUUGAGACCGAUUCAUAUUGCGGCGACACAAGGACAUAUUCAGGCCCUUCGAUUUCUAUCCUCUGCAGGGGCUUGUUUGCAACGUUCUGACGCAUUGCAGCGCACUGCCCUUCACCACGCCGCAAGUGCUGGACAACUUCGUGCGGUCCGAUGGCUUCUCAGACACGGGGCCAAAAUUUUGCUAGACAAACGGGGACGAAGCCCGAUUCAAGUCGCAGCGGAUCAUGAUUACAUGGAAAUUGUGAAUGUACUUGCCAAACAUGCAACUUCGUCACCUCUACCUUCUGUCAUAAAUUCAUCAAACAACGAUUCUACCGACAACGAUAACUGUGAGUCCCAAACGAGUCGGCGGUCAACAACUCAAACUUCUGAGAAGGACACAACGAGUGACUUUAUUACUGGGAUCGUUGACGACUACAGUUUUAGUGACGCGUCCAACCACAAUCUACGAAAUCACCACCAGCAGCACAAGCCAUUUAGUCACCUGCACGUUGAGAGAGAAAAUCCUGACAAGAUCACCUCUUCAAGUCCAGGGGAUUGUGCCUCCUCCAGUGGAAACUCGAGCCUUUCGGCCUCCACGAGUGCCCCCUCCUUGUCCCCCUCUUCGUCCUCAGCCGUUUCUUGUGGAUGUUCUACCUCAGAUGAAACUACCCUCGUCAAGUCGGACGUGUCAGACACUUUCACCCUCGCAGAUUAUCAAACUUCUGGAACUUAUGGUUCUACCAAUUCCCUCAUAGGAGCAUCUCCCAACCCAUUCUACUUGCACCCACCUUCAGUCGCAACUCCCACUUCUCCUGUGACACUUGAUUUUGGCAACAGCGGAGCAGCAGAGGUUGGAAAAGGGAUUCUAAAGAAAUCGAAUCACAAACGACAAGGGUCGACUGUCACUUUAGCCAGCAGUUCCCCAUUUUUUCUACAUCCCCCAGAAAAUUUGGUGAGUGAGACACAAAAGGUCGUCGUGGGAAAGGGCAUAACAAUCAUGGCUCCUGCCCCCGUCAACUCGAGUCAUUCUCACCAUCACCACUUUGCCGACCCAUGCAAUGAGUCUACACCGAAGCUCAAGGUCGGAUUGGCAGAGUCUUCUUCGUCCUCGUCAACAUCAUCCCCCCCACAAACACCCCCAGCAGGGUCGAAGACUGGCAUGUCCACAACCAUUUCAGAAUGUAUUAGCAAAUUCCAGACAGAGAAAUCUUCUUGUAAGCGAGAAAGUCCCAAUGGACUCGUCUCAAACAAUAACCGGGUUCCGGGGGGUGACACCACAAAACUGAAAAAUCAAGUAAAUGCAAAUAAUAUGCCACCACCUCCUCCUCCCCCUCCGCCCAUGCCACCCUUACACACACAGUCCGACACCACCCCCAAACAACUUUCCUGUCCUCUGCCAAAUAUACCCAAAGAAAGUGAGAUGAACAAGUCAGCCGAGCCAGAACCAGAAAAUGAUUACGAAGACAUUGAAGAAUUAACUAAUGGUAAAAUAAUUGACUUUGAGCAGACCAGGAAACUCUUGCGAUCUGUUUCAUCUCCCCCACUGGUAAACGAGAACAGUAGUAACGGGCACGGAGGAGGGACGAGUGAGGAGAAGAGCUGCGAGGAAAGUAGUCAGCAUGUCCCCUUGACCCCGACCAAGCCAUCUGUGAACCCAGGGAAAGUCCCCUUCAUCCCUCCACACUUUCCAACACCUCCACAAGAUGCACUCAUUAAACCGUCCGAGUAUUUAAGAAGUAUUCAAAACAAGUCAAAGUCAAGUCAGGGCACCCUUCUUGGUGGGAAUCACGGCAAUACUAAGCAACAGAAUUCAGCCAGAGUUGAGGAGACAAUGAAAGCAUUGGGAGUGGUCAUCCCCUCUGAUAAUUCGUCUGGGUUGUUGUCAGUUCCAGAGGAAACCAAUGCUGAAGACGAGUUUGAAGAGAUUAACCCUGAAAGGAUCAACGGGUUUGUGAAAAUGAAUAGAGAGUCAAAUGGGUCGACUGCUACUAGCGAUACAAUUGAUGAGAACAACAACACCACCAACGGGAACUCCUCUUCUGCAUCUGUCGCCUCGACAAAUAAAAUUGGAUGUGGUAUGAUUAAAGCAGAAGAAUUAAUGAAGGUACAUUUGAGGAAGACGCCAAUGUCAAGGACAAAAUCUGCUCCGCCACUGGGCCGAGUAAUUCCUGACGCUGACGAGUCCGACGCAUCUUCGACAUGCGGAAGGGGCGGUCAGCAGCAGCAUCAGGAGAAUGGUCAUGAGCCCCUGAAAAGGACCAGUACCAUGUCGCCCACAGCAUGCAUCAUGGGUGGUGGGGAUACUGUAUCGAAAGCGGAUGUCAUCGCCGAGUUGGCCGAGAGCAGCUCAGUGGGCGGGGUUCGGGAGUGGAAAGAAGAACUAAAGAGAAGGCAAAAGGAACAGGAAAAAGCAGUUCAAAAAGAAAUUGAACAGUUGUACCAACCCGUCAAUUUUGUUUCAGAGGUACCCUCGACGGAUAUGACUGGAGUUCCAAUCCCGGACUGGAAGCGUCAAAUGAUGGCCAGGAAGGCUGCAGAGAGAGCACGAAAAGAGGCGGAAGAGGUGCGGCGGAUGGAGGUCGAGAAAAACAGAUUAGCGUCGAUUCCGAUGUGGAGACGCCAGCUGCUUCAGAGACGGGAAAGUGACGCAAAAUAUGCUCAAUAAAAAUAUAGAAAAUAAUAUCCGCACAACUGUAAAUACAUAUUUACCUCCCUAAAAUAAAUAUGAUGGGGACUUAGUCAAAUUUGCGAAGGUUGAAGAUUUAUAUUCGCUUACGCCAAUAGAAAAUACUUAAAAAGAGUUAGUUUUUCUUCUAAUUUUAACACAUCUUGUCAAUGAGAAUGGGAAGGAAAACUUUUUGUGCUGUUAUCUCAUGCGGAACAGCAAAGUAAAGUACAUUGUGGUGCGGAAAGACCCAAGUUCCGUUAGAUCCUUACUUUGCUGAGAUAUUUCCCGUGAACUGAACUGCGUCACUAUACGACGUUUGAGUAUCUGGGUUAAUCGGACUUUUUAGCCAAUUGGUUAAAGGAUGAAUUUGUAUAUAUGCUGAACUAAUAAUCAACCAAAACACCACCGUCUGUCGAAAUUCUUUUUGAAUUCUCAGGCAAAGCGGAGACUCGCUGCGGUGGUUGCGUCUGCUGGUUGAGUGAGGUUAGCUUGAAUAAGGGGACUAACUAAAUUUAGAUACCUGGGAGCGUGAGAGGCGCUAAUUAAACAGAAAACACUAAAUAUUAUUCGCAUGACCGGGCAUGAAUGGAGCGACUCGUGAUUUUUAUGUCACAUAAAUUCCUUAUUUUUCCUUAUCUUAAUUUAUGUAAUUUUAAAGCUGCUGAGUAAACAAUUUAUUUUUCUGCACUUUA